AUGGCUGUCGAGGGCACCACUCCUGCGUCGCCCGUUCCCAUCGAGGACCUCACUAAGAUCACCACCUCGGCCUGCGAAGAUGCCCUGAAGACCGCCGAGGGCUACGAACACGACAAGGUGGGACAGUGGAACUCGCAGAUCAUCAACACCAUCCUCCAAGCCCUCAUCACCGCCACCGCCCCGUCCGACUCCUCCACCCCGGCCCCCUACCGCUUCACCGUGAACAGCACCAUUGUGCAACAGGGCCAUAUCGACAAGGAUGCCGCUGCUGAAGGAACCCAGGGCAACGCUGGCAAGCGUGGAAUGCACUCUGCCUCGGGCGCCUUCUGGGAUGUCAACCGGGACGGCAUGUGGACGUUCAAGUACCCCGGGGCCGAGGAGAAGGGUCUGGAUAUUGUGGUGAGCGUGACGUGGUUCGCUGUCACUCCAUAA